AUGUCACCAUUUGCAUCCAUCUUGGUUUUAAAUAUGCAUUUGAAACCAAUAAGUUUUGCACAUUCAGGACUUUUGGUGUUUCUAAACAAUGGUGCUAUUCAGGGCAUACUUGAAACAGAUUUUUUCACUGGAUAUGGAGAGAGAAGUCAAUAUCAAAUUCAUGAGAUUAUUGGGAAAGGAAUUUUUUUCCUUUCUAUUGUUGCAGCAAAUGUAUUCCAUCGAGAUUUAAAACCAAAGAACAUCCUUGCUAAUGUUGACUGUAAGUUGAAGAUAUGUGAUUUUGGGCUUGCCCGAGUGUCAUUUAAUGAUGCCCCAUCAGUGAUUUUUUGGACUGACUAUGUUGCAACCCGUUGGUAUCGUGCUCCUGAACUCUGUGGAUCCUUUUUCUCCAAAUACACUCCUGCAAUUGAUAUGUGGAGUAUAGGAUGCGUAUUUGUUGAGAUAGUUACAGGAAAACCACUUUUUCCUGGAAAAAAUGUGGUGCACCAAUUGGAUCUUCUGGCUGAUAUGCUUGGCACUCCCCCUCUGAAUCUAUAUCAAGGAAAUGAAAAGGCAAUGAGGUACCUUAGUAGCAUGCGUAAAAAGCCACUGGUUCCUUUCUCACAGAAGUUCCCUAAUGUGGAUCCCGGGGCUCUUCGCCUACUUGAGCGCUUACUUGCAUUUGAUCCAAAAGAUCAUCCCACAGCUGAUGAAGCAUUAGCUGAUCCAUACUUUUACGGUUUAGCAAAUAUGGAUCGUGAACCAUCCACUCAACCUAUUUCGAAAUUAGAAUUUGAGUUUGAGAGAAGGAAAUUGGCAAAAUAUGAUGUUAGAGAGCUAAUUUAUAAAGAGUUUAGAUACAACUUAGUAAAGUAA